AUGCCCGCCGACGCCGCCGCCGCCGCCGCCGGCUCCUCCUCCGCCGCCUCCUCGUCGCCUUCCGGGCGCGACCUCGAUUCGCUCGAGAAGGCGCGCUCGACGCGCUCGCUACGCAUCGCCAUCGUCACCGAGAACUUCCUGCCAAAGGUCGACGGCGUCACCCGCACGCUUGCGAUGCUGCUCGAGCAUCUGCAGGCCGAGGGGCACGAGGCGCUCGUCCUCGGACCGUCGACACCCUUGACGUCCUACGCCGGCGCCGAGGUCGUCUCGACAAAGGGCAUCCCUCUACUCGGCGUGUACCGCGGCCUCGGGCUUAACUUCCUGCGCCCUCGCUUCAUCCGCAAGCUGCGCGAGUUCGACCCCGACCUCGUCAUGUUCGUCGACCCGAUCUGGCUUUGCGCGCAAACGAUCCCGGUCAUCCAGUACUACUUUCCGGACACGCCGCUCCUCUCCUCGUACCACACGAACCUCGCCAUGUACGCGACCCUGUUCGGGUUCCCGUGGCUCACGCCCGUCAUGUGGAGCCUGCAGCGAGCGCUGCACGGUCGGUGCGACUUGACGUUCUGCCCGUCGCCGUCGACGGCGCGCAUGCUCGGCGAGCAAGGGUUCGACAACGUGCGACUGUGGCCUCGAGGCGUCGACACGGACCUCUUCCGGCCCGAAGCGCGCGACUUUGCCCUGCGCCAGUCUUGGGGCGUCGAACCGCUCGACCUCGACCCAGAUCGACCCUCGCCUCGCCUCAUCGCCACCGAGCCACGCUCCUCGCUCUCAGCCGACGACCUUCCCGCUCUCGCCCUCCCUCCUCCCUACACUCCUCAGCCCGUCCCUCCUCCCUUCUGCGCCGGUUCGUCGCCCAGCAAGCUCGCCAUCCUCUACGUCGGCCGCGUCUCGUGGGAGAAGAACCUGCGCCUGCUCAUCGACGCCGCCCGCGGCCUCGAGAAGCCGGACUUUGCGACCGGCCGCCCGGCGUGCCAGCUCGUGUUCGUCGGCGACGGGCCGGCAAGGGUCGAGGUCGAGAGCUUGUGCGCGUCGUACGGCCUCAAUGCGCUGUUCCUCGGGUUCAAGAAGGGCGAGGAGCUCGCGGCGGCGUACGCGAGCGCUGACGUGUUCGCCUUCCCAAGUUUCACCGAGACGUUCGGCCAGGUCGUCAGCGAGGCGCAGGCGUCGGGACUGCCAGUCGUCGGCCUGCGAGCCGAGGGGGUCUCGGACCUCGUCGAACACGGCAGGACCGGCCUUCUGCUCGACCUGAACGACCUGCGCUCGGCCGCCGUCCCGGGCGCGCCCCCUCCUUACUCGCCGAGCGCACGAGCCUCUUCCAUUCCGUCCGACCCGCACGCCCUCCUCUCCUCGACGUCCCCCUCCUACCCUCGCGCCGUCUCGCUCUACCGCGCCCUCCUCGUCUCGAUCACGACCGACCACGAGCACCGUCGCACCAUGGGCUCCAUGGCGCACCUCGUCGCCUCGAAGCGCUCGUGGUGGCGCGCGAUGGAGGACCUCUGCGACGGCUUCCGCGAGCUCGCAGCGCUCAAGGCGAACCGCAUCGAGCAAAAGGUCGACCUCGAGCGCACGAGCACGAUCGAGCUCGACGUCGUGUGCGACAAGGGCGAGGAAGGCCGACUUGAGAAGGUCGACUCGUCGACGACUUUCAGCGCCGCCUCGAGGCGCAGGAGGCGACUCGACGGCCGCCAGACGACGAGAAGGAGCCACCUCGUCUCCUCGAGCGUGUUCGGGCCGCUCUCGGCGUGGGUGACGCCGUCGCAGGUCGCGAGAACGAGCGGUUCUUCUCUCGCGGUGAAAGCCACGAGCCACCUCUCAGUCGUUCUCGUCCUCGAAGCCGUCGCGCUGUUCGCGCUGCUCGCGGCCGCCGUCGCCUGGUCCUCGCACUUUGAGCUUCUCUCCUCCCUCUCUCCCUUCUAG